AUGGCCGAGGUGGACGCCGUGCCCACCUUUGGCGCAGAGCUAAAGGAUGGCUUCAAGGCGGCAAACGCCUGGGUCGGCCACGGCAUCGCCUGGCUCGACGAGCUCCAGCAGUUCUACCGCGACCGCGCCGCCAUCGAAAAGGAAUACAGCGCAAAGCUCGAUGCGCUGGCCAAGAAGUACUUUGAGAAGAAGAAUAAGAAGGUCUCUCAGCUCAGCGUUGGCGACACCCCGACCUUGACUCCUGGAUCGCUCGAGAGCGCUUCCUUGACCACCUGGUCCACCCAGCUCACGACGCUCGAGUCCCGCGCCUCCGAACACGACCGCUAUGCAAACAGCCUCAUAUCCCAGGUCGCCGAGCCUCUCAAAUUCUACAACACCCGCUUCGAAGAGCUGCGCAAGCGCCACGCCGACUACGCCGAGAAGCUGGAAGCCAGCCGCGACGCCUGCUACGCCGACUUGCGCAAGGUCAAGACAAAAUACGAUGCCACAUGCCAGGAUCUCGAGAGCAAGCGCAAGAAGACCGAGUCGCACCACGACAAGAGCAAGGCACAGAGCGCCUACCAGCAGCAGCUCUUCGACAUGAACAACGCCAAAAACACCUAUCUCAUCGCCAUCAAUGUUACCAACAAGCAAAAGGAGAAGUACUACCACGAGUAUGUCCCCGAGGUCAUGGACAGCUUGCAGGACCUGAGCGAGUUCCGGACACUGAAGCUCAACUUUCUGUGGGACGUGGCGACCCGGCUGGAGAGCGCGAUGCUUCAGCAGAGCAACGGCUUAAUCGAGCACCAGGGCAAGGAGAUCCAGAGGAACCUGCCGCACCUGGACUCCAUGAUGUACAUGCGCCACAACAUGGGCGCCUUCCAGGAGCCGCCGGACAAGGUUUUCGAGCCCAGCCCCGUCUGGCACGAUGACGAUCUCAUGGUUGUGGACGAGAUGGCUAAGAUUUACCUGCGCAACGUGCUCACCAAAUCCAAGGCUCAGCUGGGCGAGCUGCGGAGAGAAGUGGACAAGAAGCGCAGAGAGGUGGAAUCCUUGAAGGGUGUCAAGAAGCGAGUUCGGGAGGGCAAGGAAAAGAAGGACGAGGUGGAAGUCAUCCGCACGCUCUUCGCCAUGCAGGAGGAUCUCAUCGCCACCGACCAGAAGCGACUCACAGCCGAGGUCGAAACCACCACCAUCACGAGCGCAGUGGGCGACGUGACGCUAGGGGCCAAGAAUCACAACUUUAAGAGCCAGACGUUCAAGAUACCCACCAACUGCGACCUGUGCGGAGACCGCAUAUGGGGCUUGAGCGCAAAGGGCUUUGACUGCCGAGACUGCGGAUACACGUGUCACAGCAAAUGCGAGAUGAAGGUGCCCGCGGACUGUCCAGGCGAGCAGAACAAGGAAGAGCGAAAGAAGCUCAAGGCCGAGCGCCAGGCUGCUACCAACAGGCUCGUUGCGGCCGAUCCAGCAGCGGCAUCGCACGUCUCCGACGAAAACCUGACCCGCUCCAACACGAUGACUUCAGUGAGCUCGCAUUCGCGGCAGUCUGUCCUAUCCGCGCCACAGACACCAUCGGAGGACGCACCCUCUGAGGCCGCUCCCAAGGUGAUUGCGGCCGCGGCAAAGGCACCUGCGACUGCAGCCCCCGCCAAGAGGAACAGGGUCAUUGCGCCCCCUCCCACGGCGUACAUCUCACAGCCACCAGCGGGAAGUCUGAAUGGAAUUCUGGAAAGGGAAGAAAAGAAGGGUAAGAUGCUGUACCAGUUCGAGGCCGGCGGUGACGGGGAGCUGUCAGUAGCGGAAGGCAAAGAAGUGGUGGUGUUGGAACCAGAUGAUGGUUCCGGCUGGGUCAAGGUCCGCGAUGGCUACAAGGAAGGUCUUGUACCGGCAACCUAUAUCGAUCUCAACUUUACCCCGUCAGCUUCCACGGCAUCGUCCGCCCGUCCAUCCUCCACCUAUUCCACGUCCACCACAUCGUCAGUAACCCCCAGCGCCGCCUCACGGAAGAAGGGCCCGGCGGUGGCGCCCAAGCGAGGGGCCAAGAAGCUGCGGUACGUGGAGGCGCUGUACGACUACACGGCCCAGAGCGACGCGGAGCAUUCGAUGACGGAGGGCGAGCGCUUCGUGCUGAUCAAGGAGGAUACGGGGGAUGGGUGGGCCGAGGUGGAAAAGGCGGGCGUGACGGCGAGUGUCCCUGCCAAUUAUAUUCAAGCUGUGUAG